AUGAAUCUUUUUGGAAUUACGAUUUUCUAUAUAUUUAUUACUUCUAUCCAUGCGAAUGUUGCUCUUAUUUAUGAAAGUGCAAGUACAACAAUUUUAACUAAUACAAUUGAAUUUAACAUUAUAAUUGAUAGAAAAGUCGUCUCGGUCGAAUCAGAAACAAUUUCUGAUACAACAACUAUCAAUAUUGAUACAACGAAAACUGAUGACAAUGAUAGUUCUAGUGAUGUGACUGACACGACACCAUCGAGCAGUUCUUUGCGAACACUUUUAAAAGCUGAACCACCACCAACUCGUUCAGCACAAAUAGGUAUGAGCUUGGGUAUAACAUUUUUUGGAAUAAUAUUAAUUGGUGAAAUAAUAUAUUUUAAAUAUUUUUAUCAUGGUCAACGAAAUGAUAUUAUGUAG